AGGGGGGGGAAGAAAAAAACUUUUGUAUUUAUACCAUGUAUUUAGUCCAUGUAUUCAGUGAAGGCGAGGGUUACAUGUCACGCAGCCACUACUGCAAAUGGUGUACUGUACUUCGCCGUGAACCCAGCCCCCAUAGCUUGCAUUCCAAUCGUUGCAUCUUCCUGCAAAUCAGUCCCAAAAUGAAAUGCAAUCAACUGCGCGUCUGCACACCUAGACCGCGAUUCAGAAAUGGCCUCGCACGACGGCAGGUUUGCAAACCCGCCAACCGGAUUCCCGGUUGCGCGAACCCACUCCGCAUGUCCCGGGAUGGAGUGAAAUAAAACAGUAUCAGACGGGCAGUCUGCGCUUAAUGGGAGAAGGGGACGUUUUGGUGCUUCGUUGCAACCCAUGCUUUCGCUCGGGGCUCUGAGCUUAAACUGGAAGCAAAUGGCUCCUAAGCGGGUUGCAGGCUGUGUAUCCCGCCCAGAAGACGCGCGUCCGACACGAGUUUCCUUCUCCGCGGUACAGGAACGUUCCAUAUCCUACCGAACGGGUCGGGAAGGCUCUGGGCAAACUGCGGGCAAAGCGGCGCGCUUUUCAGUGCUCUCCAGACAAGGCUCCCUCCUGCGAUCGGUCCCGCCCCGGAUUAUCAAGUGCCGAAAAGCUGGCGGCAGAAAGGUGGAGGGGCUACUCUCUGAGCUGGGAUGGCAGGUAUUGGAGCAAAAGAUCCGCCGCGGGGGCAACAAGGCAGGCUGUCUCCGAGCCCAGCAUUGCAGACGACCGGUCAGUCCAGCGUCUUUCAAGAGCCAGAGCCUGAGCCGGGGGGGUCGGUCGAAGGGCUUGCUCAUGAAGACAAACUCUCUGUGUGCAGCAAACUAUGCUAUGGCAUUGGAGGGGCUCCAAAUCAGGUUGCAAGCAGUGCCACCUCAUUCUUUCUGCAAAUCUACCUCUUGGAUAUUGCUCAGAUCCCUCCAUUCCAGGCCUCCUUGGUGCAGGUCAUUGGCCGAGCAUGUGGAGCAGCUGCAGAUCCUCUUGCAGGCUUUUUUAUUAAUCGGAGCAAAACAACCAGAUUCGGGCAACUCAUGCCUUGGUUGUUGGGUUGCACACCAUUCACGAUUGUGUCCUAUAUCUUGAUGUGGUACUUACCUCCCUUCUUAUCAAAUCGAAUUCUGUGGUAUCUGACUUUUUAUUGCCUUUUCCAAGCCCUGAGUACACUGUACCAGGUGCCAUAUUCUGCUCUCACCAUGUUUCUGAGCACAGAUCAAGCAGAUCGCGAUUCAGCAACUGCCUACCGAAUGGCAUUUGAAGUUCUUGGAACACUGAUUGGAGCUACGCUGCAUGGCCAGAUAGUUGCCGGUGCUCACACUUCUAGCCACUGUAGCCAAAAUGAAACUAUUGGGCUGCACCAAAACAGCUCUGAAGUCAUAGAUGUGUCUUAUGGAAAAAAAGUCUACAUGAUUGCCGCUGGGCUGAUAGGAGGCAUCUACCUUGUUGGCAUCCUUUCCCUGUUCUUUGGAGUGAAAGAAAAAGUUGAUCCAUACACCUUAAUGCCAGACAAAAAAGUUCCUUUCUUUAAAGGACAAAAGCAUGCAAUGAAGCAUCAACCAUAUUUGAUAUUUACAGCAGCAUUUCUUCUGAUUUUAACAGCGGUUCAGAUAGAACAAGGAAACUUUGUUCUCUUUUGUACUUACGCAGCUGGUCUUCGCAGUCACUUUCAAAAUUUAGUGGUGAUUAUCUUGGUAUCAGCUACAGUGAGCGUCCCGUUCUGGCAAAGAUUUUUGAAACAUUUUGGCAAAAAAAAAGCAGCAUGUGGAAUAUCAUUGAUGAUUCCUUCUGUAAUCGUGCUGGUGACGAUCCCAAAUGUCUUUCUUGCCUACCUUGUGGCUUUUGUAUCUGGAUUUAGCAUUGCAGCAUCUUUCCUCCUGCCGUGGUCUAUGCUGCCUGAUGUAGUUGACCAUUUUCGAAUGCAGAACAUUCACUUAUCAGGGCAUGAAACUAUCUUUUAUUCGUCCUUCAUCUUUUUCACAAAGAUAUCAACUGGAAUUGGAAUGGGAAUUUCUUCCUUCAGUCUACAAUUUGUUGGCUACAAAUCAGGGAUGUGCGUACAGUCCACCCAUGUUGUCAUCACGCUGAAAAUCUUGGUUGGUGGAAUUCCAUCCAUCCUCAUCCUUUUAGGCUUAUUCAUACUCCUGUUUUACCCAAUCAAUGAGAAAAGUCAAAAGGAAGUGAAAUAUGCCUUUGAAAACUCAAGGAGGAAUCAUGUGAAGACUGAAAACAUUGUUGAGGAAAGCAGUUAUGUUGGAAAGCCUGAAUAAAAAUAGAAGUCCAAUGCUAAUGAAAAUACAACCAGAGGGCAGCACUUCAGCAUGCUUGAAGGCAUUUGUCCUAUUCCACCAGUGUUUAACCACCCAUAUACCAAGGCUGGUCUGAUCAGAAAGACAACGCUUUGGAGCAUGGGCUUAGAGAGCCUGUACAUAUGUACUGCUGGAUUAUUAUGAAGCCUUGCACGAGCUAUGUAUAAGAUGCAAUAGGUGGUUCUCUCUUCUUUCAUAUAUAGUACCAGUACAUGUUAUACUGAGGAGAACAGCUGCCUGGCGAGAUAAAAGCCGUGGUCUUGUGAGCGCUAUCCAUAAGCUGUUAACCAAGACAGUGUGGUUAGAGGGAAUUUCAACUAAUUAUAGGUUAUGGUUCCUACCAAAGGAAAUCCCAUAAUUUUUGUUAAUCGCAUAAUUCUGUUUAUCAUCAAUGCAUUGCCAUUUAAACUGCUGGCUUCAUCUGUGUUUUUUGUAUAGAUAUUUUUAAUCCCACCUUAAUCGUUUUAUCAAUAACUCAGCAAAGAAGAUAUACUCUGUCAACUGAACAUUUUGAGAGACAUUAUAAUUAACAUUAUAGUAGCUAUGGGUUCCCUUGAUGGAGGCAUUAGCUUGCACUAUUAGUACUUCUACAAAGCAUUUUCACUGAGAGGCUCAAUGGCAGUUUUGUGUGCUCCAGGAGAAUGCAAUUGAAACAUUUUUUUUUUAAAAGGGCUAUAAUCCUCUCUGUGGCAAAUGGACAAGGCAGAAGUCAUUAUUCCAUGGUUUACACAAAUUGCAGAUCAUCCAUGCUGUCUGAACUGAUUGUAAUACUACUUUCCAUUCACUGCUGUUUUGCACAAGUACAGCCAAUAGAAUUUAGAUUCUUGAAAAUGUCAACUUGGAGUCAGCCCAUUCACAGAAACAGAAACACAGGUUCCUCACUAGGUGCCUAGCAGUGGUGAAAUGUGACAUAUAAAUGUGACUAUUUUUAAUGCUGCCAGCAUGAAAAGUUACAGACUUUUUUUUAAAAAAAAAAAUGAAUGUAGACUUUCUAAGUCUGACAGAUAAUAGCCCAAACUAUAGUCAAAUAUAUUUGAAAAUGGAUCUUUAUUUCUGUUAACGAAUUCAUAGAUUAAAAUCAUUCUUAGAUUGAAGAAAUGUAUUAAUUAUUUCAAAAGUAGUUCGGCUUUCUCAAUAGACAUUAUGAAAUAACGAAGUUGGAUAACAGCUGGGCAAUAUUGUGACUUAACAUUAUUUUUCAGCAAGGCUUGUAGAAAAAAGUAUACCUGGUAAAUUGUAUGUCUAUUUGCUUUUAAAAUACACAUAAACAGGCACUCCCACUCACCAAAUGCAGCUCAGUAGAAUAUGAUCUAAAAUCAGUUAAGUCUUUGUCUAUUCAUAUGCAAGAUUCAUAAGAGUAACGAGCAAAGUAGCAUCUCUGGUUAUAGAAUUAAGCAACAUUGAUAAAAUAACGACAACACAAUAAAUAUUGCAUAUAGCAGUUGUGCCAUUCUCUGUCCAAUUCAUCUCACAAAACCCUUGGAAACUUUUUUCUUUCUCAAGCUUGCUAAAAAAAACUAAACAAUAUGAAGGUUUUAUUCGGGAGACUUAAGUUCUCAAGUACAAAUUCCAGUGUCCUUUUUGAUUUAAUGUACAAAAGCCCCGCAUUGAUUAGAUGAUCUGAUUUGGCUGGGAGGAGAGCACAGUCUUUGUGAAUAGAGUCAAAUUUCAUAUAUUGGCAGCAAAUCUUCAAUAAGUUCUGGGGGGCAACAAAGAUAUUCUGAGAACUCCGACUUUGUUAUUGCCUAAUGGUCAUCUGAAUUUUUGCAACCCAGACCAGGGUAAUUUUAUUUGAUCCUUGGUAUUUUUAAAAAAUUGUUGCAAUGUCGUCCUUUACAGUUGGGGUUUUUUUUUUUUUUGCUUUUAUUUAAUAAAAGAGAAAAAAUAAUAAAGAGAAAAAAAGCAAUUCAAAAACAGCAAAAAUGUAAAGAGCUUCUCAUAUAUGUGUAUGAAAUUUUAUGGAAGGUUUUCAAUAAAAAAUAUAGGUAGUCCUUGACUUAUGACCAUAAAUGGGCUCAAGGCAGUUGUUAAGUAAGUUUUGCCCCAUUUUAUGACCUUUUUUGCCAGAGUUGUUAAGUGAAUCACUGCACUUGUUAAGUGAAUCUUGGGUUGUUAAGUGAAUUUGGCUUCCCCAGUUGGCUUGUUGGACCCGGGCUAGAAAGGUUGCAAAUGGUGAUCAUAUGACCCCAGAGCAGUGCAACUGUCAUAAAUACAUGCCAGCUGCCAGCUGAAGUUUUGGUCACAUGACCAUGGAAUGGUUGUGUGAAAAUUGGUCAUAGGUGACUUUUUCACUGCCGUUGUAACUUCAAAGGUCACUAAACAAAUAGUUAAGGCGAGGACUAUCUCUAACCAUACUUAACGGUAGCCAUCCAGUCAUACCUUACAUCUAUAAGAAGUCUUUUUAAAAGUUCCAAGUCACUACAGGUCUUUAGUACCCUGAAUAAUUAGGUGUGUAGUGUUACUUUCAUCCAAAGUCUCCUUGACCCUAAAAUAUACAGUAUGACAAUUAGCUUGACUGCAAAUAGUGUUUGUUAUAUACAAUAGUUGCCUCAAUGCUUGAAUAAAUCUGCUAGACUUCAAUGCAAUUUAUCUGUGGAAUAUUGUGAAGUGUUUUUUUCUACGACUUAAGAAAGCAGAUAACCAACAGUAUAUUUUGGGUGUAUGUGUCUAAGCACACAUGCAUUCAAGCGCAUGCACAAAGAGAGGUAUCACUAUAAUAUACAGACUGCCAAGAAAAUUAUCAAUUAUAAGAAUAUAGUAGGAAACUAUUUUGACAGCAAUCAGCAAAAUUUGCAAUGAUGUACAAACUACUGGAAAAUUUGAAGUGAUGACAUUUUGUUAACCUUACAAUAUUUUAAAUAUAAAAUCGAAUUGAACAUUUUAUAAUGACUAUCCUAUGUUGAAAGGAAUAACAGGAGAACCAAUUUGUCCUUUUCAGGGACUUGAGAAAUUACAUUUGAAAGAAAGAUAAAAGCUAUCUUUUCUCAUAUCCUUUGUCUUUGUAAAAAUCUGCUUCUCAUAUUAGUAUGUUUAUCAUGAAAGUUUGUAAAAUGAAUUCUGCAUGUAUGGAAUAGGUAAAAUACAUAUAUAUUUAUGGGAAA